AUGACCAUACCUUAUGCACCACCAUCAAUCCCAAACGUCCUUCACGGCACAAUACGAGCCUUACCACUUAACCAAGCUAUUCUACGAGAUGGUGAAAGCGAAUUCGAACUUAAUCCAGUAGUAGUACCUCAUCGUGUUAGAAGUGGUCAAAGACGUUGGGAAAUGGUCAAGGACGCGCUAUGUGGAACGGCUGGAAGUGCCUCAGGAACUGAUCUUGGACAUGAGGUAGGUGUAGUAGGUUCCAGUUUUGGAAGUCAAGCAAGAUCGGACGGUAAUAAGCUUGAAAGCCCUGCUAAAGCUGGAUUAGAAAUUGUAGAAGAAAAUUGGGAACAAAUUAAAGAAAUUGAACGUCAAACUUGA